AUGAGCUGGCCACCCAGCCUGAGCUCAGCCCAAGAGGCGAACCUGCUCACGCUCGCGUCGGACUUUGCGCUGACGCAUGGUCUAGUCUACCGACCCCCACCGCCUCCGCCCGAAUCCGGCUCCAAACUGUCGACGACGACCUCCAUACACGCGCCCUACUCCCUGUUCCCGCAACCGUUCCCUCGCGAUCUCUUCGUCCAAGCCCAACGUCUCCAACCGUUGUACAACGCGCUCUACGCCCACGUCACCGUCGACGAUCAAGCCUUGGACCGGAUCGUCGGGGCUCAAGUCGCUCAAGUCGAUCCCUUUCAAAAGCAGUUGUACGACAUGUAUCGCCUCGUCCGGCAGGAACCUAUCAAACAACCCCUUCAUCUGGGACUCUUUCGAUCGGAUUACCUCCUUCAUGCACCCGCCGGUCAGACCGCGGCGCAACCGACGAUCAAGCAAGUCGAAUUCAACACCAUCUCGGCCUCGUUCGGCUGCUUGUCGAGCAAAGUCACCGACUUGCACAGGUCCGUCUUUCCUAUCCCUGACUACGCUUUUCGAAUCGGAGAUCUCCUUGAGCUAAGACGGCGAAAGGUUUGCGCACCAGCUAUCUACUCCAAACUGGUUCCUACCCUUCCGAUCUCCGAUUACGAUCCGAGGCCCUUCCUGCGAACCCUUCCCUUCAGGGCUUGGCAAGAGGCUUGGCACAAGGGCAUCAAGCCUAUGGGAAUCCCAAGUAGGUCUCAUAGCGAUCCAUCCCCCACAACCACUGGACUGAUUCCAAAUUCCCAUCCUCAGCGCCCGCAUCCUGAUGGUCACUCAAGACGACGAGCGCAACGCCUUUGACCAACGACCUUUGGAAUACGAGCUCCUACGCGCGCACCACAUUCACCUCCUCCGCAUCCCCUUCUCCGAACUGCACCUCUACUCUUCCCUCGACCCGAAAACCUCGAACCUCAUCCUCACCCUUCCCUCUCACCCCCAAACACCCUUUGAAAUUUCCGUCAUCUACUACCGCUCCGGGUACUCUCCUGAAGAUUAUACGACCCAGGGCAAAGAAUGGGAAACGAGGUUAUUGUUCGAGCGUUCGAGGGCGAUCAAGUGCCCCACCUUGGCGUUGCAGUUGAGUGGGUGUAAAAAGGUACAACAGGUGUUGGCGGACCCGAAAGAAUUGGCGAGGUUCUUGGACAUCGGUAGUGCGCCAACGACGACGACAAAGGAGGAAGUCGUUUCCAAACUCCACGCCUCUUCGUCAGAACAUGAGGCCCUCGUCUCCUCUUUCAUGAAUCUCUACGCCCUCGAUUCCACGCCCGAGGGAGAAAGAGCCUAUCAACUAGCCCUGUCCUCACCGUCCCGUUUCGUCCUCAAACCCCAACGCGAAGGAGGUGGUAACAACAUCUACCGUACGGACAUACCUCCCUUCCUCGCUCAACUCGAAGCGAAGGAUAAGGAAUUAGGAUCCAAGGUGAAAGCUAGGGAAGCUUAUAUCCUCAUGGAAUUGAUCGAACCGCCUUUGGAAACCCGAUCGAUCAUGGUUAGGGCGGGGGAGGAAAGGGGUGUGCAAGGGGAGGUCGUUUCCGAAUUGGGGAUUUAUGGGAUCUGCCUCUUUGGUAAGAACGAAGGUCCCGAGGGAGGAGCGCACGUAAGGAUCAAUCAAACUGUUGGACAGUUGUUGAGAACGAAGGGGAGGGAAUCCGAUGAGGGAGGAGUCGCCGUUGGGUUUAGUGUGAUUGAUUCGGUGUUGUUGGUUUGA